CUCUCUCUCUCUCACCAAAUUCAAUAUUCCCCUGAACUGAAACCCGAAAUCCCCAUCUGGUCGAUCUCGAUGUUUCGCAUAAGCAACACUGUGGUGGGGCUUCUCAACUGCUGCACUCUACUGGUGGGCCUCGCGGGCAUCUCCGCCUCCAUCUACCUCCGCCUCCACAGCGGCGCCACCGACUGCCAGAGAGUCUUAGAGACGCCUCUCCUGGCGAUAGGCCUCGCCUUCUUCGUGCUCUCCCUCCUGGGCGUCGUCGGCGCUUGCUGCAGGCUCAACUCCGUUCUCUACGUCUACUUGGCCCUCAUGUUCCUUAUCAUCCUGGGCCUCAUCGGUUUCACCGUGUUCGCGCUCUUGGUGACCAACAAAGGGGUCGGGCAGGCGGUGUCGGGACGAGGGUACAAGGAGUACCGCCUGGCGGACUUCUCUCACUGGUUGCAGCGCUACGUCGUGAAUGCCAACAACUGGGAUCAGAUUCGAAGUUGUUUGAUUGAUUCCCAGGUUUGCAAGCGUCUUGGGAAUCAAAAGGCGUCGACAAUAUUAAACAAUUUAUCUCUUAUACAGUCGGGUUGCUGCAUGCCGCCACCCUACUGUAAAUCAAAAUCGGCGGGAGACGAGAGGGAGUGCAGUAGAUGGAGCAAUGAGAAGGAGAAGCUAUGCUUCGAUUGCGAGUCGUGCAAGGUAGGAGUGCUGGGCAACAUCAGGAAGGAGUGGAGGCAUUUGGCCAUAUUCAACACCUGUCUCCUUCUCCUCCUCACCUUCGUCUACUGCAUUGGCUGCUGCGCCACCAGGAACAACCGCUCCGAAUCUUCUAAGUUCUAAUUAAGUACCCAAUUACGCAUAUAUAUAUAGAUCAGGAAACCCUUAAUUUGAUUUAAUUAUAUCCUACUUUUUCUUCUUUUUUUCCAAUUAAGUUAUGUGAGAGUCGUUGUUUCUAGAAAUGAAUAUAUAUGCCAA